AUGACUACGACCUUGGGCAACUCAAACGUUCGAGGCGGUUUAGCGCGUCAAACCCGAAUCAAUCCUGGCAGAGUCACGAGAGGCUUGAACUCUAGCCAGCAGCGCUACAACUCUCUCACCUCCAACAGUGGCCUUCCUCUGGGAUCCUCCAGUAACACCGCAACCGCUACGAAUACAGCUGCACAAAAUAACGACCCUCCCCGUCUAUACCCAGCCAUCACGCACUUUGCAGAUGCCAUCGCGGCCUUGCCUCGAGAAUUUCGCAGGCACAAUUCGCUGUUGAAAGAGGUAGACGCGAAGGCCUGGGAGGCGGAAGAGAAUCUACAAAAUAUUUUGAAAGAAUGCCUUGCCGAUCCGGCCAUUUCAACCCCAACCCUGGUUCCUCCGGUGCAUACUGAGCCAGGGUCGGUCAAUGCAGAAGAUGCCGCCAAUGUUAGCGAAGUCAACAGCGUCGUUGGUGGUUCCCUCGAUAAUGCCUCGCUUGCCUCUGCUCGUUCGGCCGACCCAGCCGCGCUAAGGCGGCGACAGCAGUUUCAUGCAUUGCGACAACAUCUGAUGGCAAUCAUGGUGACCAUGGACGAAAAGAACCAUGUCAUCAACAACGCCAACGAGGAGGUGGCAAAGCACAUUCGACGAUUGGACAGAAUUUGGCCACACGUCUCCGAAGAGAUAUCGGAAGAAGCGCGAUUGGGAAGUCUCAGACACUGGGCAUAUACCGAUCUAAAUCCCGUGAAGAAGUCGACCGCUCCUGCAACCCGCAAAGAGGCUGCCACGAACGCAGCCGCCCUGCACGAGAAUGAGGCCGCGCAUAGAAGCGAGGCUCGAAGAGAGGCUCUCUUAGCUAGGAGGCAACGAACCAACCACCAUGUGGAUUCCGAAGUCGACGAGGCCAGAGCUGCCUCGAGGAAGACCAACGCCACCGCGAAAAAGCGUGCCGGCGAGACAGCCCCGGACCCAGCUGGCCUAGGGAUUACGGGAGCAGGUACCGGCAAAAGGAAGAAACCAGACAAGCCAGCAGUGGGUGGCAUCGGUAUGGAGCGGUCAACCAGCAGUGCUUUUGGAGGCCGACCAAUGUCGAGAGAAAACUCGCAGCAGGAGAACACCAAGAAGAGGAAAGCGUCCACCGCCGCGACGACCGUGGCCCGGAAAAGGAUCAACGCCAUCGCCCAAGACUCUCCCAAACUCGCCUCCUCCCCUCUUGCGGGCAGCACCGGAAAAGAAGCAUACAAGAAGAGCCCAGCAUUGUCCACCGUACGGCCAGCCGGACGAGGCCGCCAGAAUUCCACACAGGCCGCAGAAAGCGCACGAGCACGACCCUCGUCCUUGGCCUCGAAUAGAAAUGGUGGAAACAGUAGCAACCUGACUGCCUCCACACCCGAAUUGAACAACGUUGCAGCCAUGACUGGAAAGAGCACGAGCGAAGUCAAGACCACAAUGAAAGAGACCAAGACCGAGAAAGGAGAUCGACUGCUGGAAGAUAAAUCCACAGCCGCCGACGCUCCGGAUGGCGAGCCAGCUCUAAGAGGAGCCAUUCUGUUGGAAAGACCCAGCAGCAGGCAAGAGGGCGCAAAAGACACGCAGCCUGAUGAAACGCUGGUGACUGCCGUUCCAUCACCUGGCCUUCCGCCAGCACUACUCACAAGUGAAUUCCGCAACGAGCGACCAGCGCGAGGUAGAGCCUCGAAAACGUCGACGCCUGUAGCAGGAACAUUCGCCGAAGCUGAAGAGGCCGAAACGGCAUCCGCAAAUGGCUACAGCUACAACGGUUCGAAAUCCAAACGUCCUUCGAGACCACGAGUCAAGGACCAUGGUCUACACGAUUCCCUCUCACCCAAAGGGUUGCCGAUGAAGCGGCCUCACAAGAAAAAUGCCAGCCUUUCCACCUUUCCGCCACUGCCGACAACCAUGCAACGGCUGAAAGAAGAGAACGAUGCACCAAAUUCUGCUACCUCUUCCGAGCGAGGUGGCAUAGACAACGAUGUCGGAGACGACGACGAUGUGGUUGAAGGCGUCGAGGAAGAUGAGGAGAGGUAUUGCUAUUGCCAAGGCGUCAGCUACGGUGAGAUGGUUGCUUGUGACAAACCGGAUUGCCCUCGACAAUGGUUCCAUCUGGACUGUAUUGGCCUGAAGAGUGUGCCCAAGAGUGCCAAAUGGUACUGCGACGAAUGCAAAGAUGCGCUGGCCAAGAAGGGAAAAGUACUAGGCAACAGCGGAAAUGGAAAUGGAAACGGGAAUGGAAACGGCAAUGGGAAGUAA